UCGCUGCACUCGUGCAAAAAGUAUGGCCCGGAGCCGGCGGUGGCUGCAGCUGUUGCUGCCACGCCCGCCGCCGCUGCUACGCCCGCCACCAGUUCUCCUGCAAACAGGUCUCUCGCCCUCGCUCCUGCUGGCGCGCCGUCGCCCUACCGAGACAGACUGGCGGCCUUCUACGAGCGCUACGCGCCCGCCAAGCUGAGGCAGGUGGACGCACAGCUGCAGAAGUACGCCGACUGUGAGGAGGACUUCUUCGCUGCACUCGUGCAAAAGUAUGGCCCGGAGCCGGCGGUGGCUGCCACGGCGGUUUCUGCGUGGAUGCGUUCGUGUGCGGAUCCCCGUCAAUCAACGGCUUCUGAGGCCGGCGCUGGAGGUGACAUUUCCCGCGGUGCUGCGAUGGGGGAGGAGGAUGCCAUUGCCGAACACAUCCCUGACGAAGGCAGACAGCGGCUUUUGCGGGGCCUCGCGGCUGAGCUGGGCGUUGCCGUGAGGAGCCAGGAGACGCUUGUGGUACUUGCCGCCCUUCUGGACGCGCGGGGAGUGCAGGAGUUUGGGGCGGGCCCGCUGCCCGACGCGGAGACGCGGGCGUGUCGGGUGCUGAGCGGGUCCAUGCGCGCGCCCUCUGCGCCGCGACGCACAGCGACGACGCAAAGGACGGUGUCUCCCUCACUUUCUGUGGCUGAUUUAUCGAAACUGGCUGCGGCCGUGGGGGCGGAGGAGGCAAGGUCGCGCGCCUCGCUGGAACUCUUGGCGGCGGAUGACUUUGACAUUCUUCUGGCGGCGCACCGGCGGGAGUUGCGGCGCGUGGAGCGGGACGGUGCGAUUUCGGCCCUCCGCGCCUCUGCCGAGGCGGCGUUGCUGCGCCGGGCAUGGCGGGGGUGGCGGGACACCGCCGCUGAACGCGCGAGGCGGGCGCGCCGCGGCCAGCGCCGCCAGUGGUCGCGGUAUCAAAAGAUGCUUUUCAGCAAGUCCGUCGCCGCGUAUUACGCCCGGCUCUCGCAGGCGCAGCGAGAUGCGGAGCGGCGGCGGAUGCACGUGGACGCCACGAACGCCAAGGCCGAGGCACUGCGCCGGCGCCGGCUGCAGGAGACCGUUGCGGCGCACGGCAACAUCGUGACCCGCAACGUCCUUGCGGUGCUGCUCGGCCGCGCGCCGGCCGCGCGCCGCCCCCGCGACCCGCUGGCAACGCCGGAGACGAACCCCGCCGCGGCGCCAGCGAGCGGCGACUCCAAGUGGCAAGAGGCCCACUCACGGCGCCUCGCUCGGUCGCCCUGCUGGCUGGGCGACGCGGCCAAUACGCACGGCGGCAGUGGCAAGAAGGGCAGUCGCGGCGCGCGUUUGCUUGCCAUUGAGAGGGACUUCGACAGUCUCCCUGCCACUGCACGGGCGCGCGUCGUCCGGACUCUGAAGAAGUGGGACAUGCUCCCCACUUCUCCCCCGCGCCACGCCUCAAGGAGCUCCACGCGUCUGCACGCCUCGCAGGAGCGUGAGGAGCAGCUGGCGCGGCGACUAGACACCCUCGAUGCGUUUGCCGCGGUGGCAGACGGGGACGCGCCCUCACCCUGCUGGGAGAGCGAGACGGAGCUGCGGCAGUACUUGACCCGCGUCCUGGUUGAUGCCCUCGAGGCGGAGGAAAGAGACCUGCCUGCCGCCGCCGCCGCCUGA